AUACCGCAGGCAUACAAUCGGCGGGAAGCAAGUGGGAUCAAUAGGCUGUGUUUAAACUCGGUCGGAAAAAGCAAAAUUUAUAAAUAAUUUGAUAGAAGACAAGUGGUUGUGACACAAUAAAAUAUAUCACAGAAAUACACAAAUAGUGUUACACAGUGCGCUUACUUAGAGGAGUGUUUGCAACUGACGUCGUUGGGACUGUUGGUGUUUUUCGCGGGAACAGUUUCCACAAUGAAUACUUCACCAGUCAGGACUACAGCCUGGAAGAUAUGGCUUGUAAUUGGAGUCAUCAGCAUAACAGGUGGCGUUGUCAGCCAGAAGACGGGGAGUGCUGACGUCAAACUGACGCCUUCUCAUUCAGACGUCGAAAAAUACGUGUCGAGCUCACAUUUCGUCUCAUGUACAGGCCCGCGGGGAGUUCGCAUGAAAUGGAUGAGAAAUUCAACGGAAGUUACUGCGACCAAGGGCAGAAUACACAUAGAGGCUAAUGGAGCACACCCUGGAAUAGCGCUCGUGUUUGAGAAUAUAGACACCCAGGACAAAGGAAUCUACACCUGCAAGGCAGUGGUGGACAGCAAGGAGGUCCAGGCCAGCUUCAGGCUAACAGUCAUGAAACCUAUCAAGUUUGUGGACACUGUAACCCGGCAAACUGCAUCCUUGUACCAAAGUGUGGUUGUGCGUUGUGAUGCAGAGGGUGACCCUGAGCCAAUUAUUAAGUGGACCGUAAAUGGAAAAGUACCAGAAGGCCCUAAAUACAAAGUGGUUGCAGAUGGCCUAUAUAUUAACAAUGUGACACUGGAAGACAAAGGGGAAUACACAUGUCGUGCAUUCCAGUUGAGUCCUACGAUUAGCAAUAUGCUGGAACGUAUAAUCGUGCUCAAGAUUGAACACAAACCGGUCUGGCGUGAAAAGGAAGAACCUGCAAAAGCUUACGCAUUUAUUACAGGCAAUGUUAACUUAACAUGUGAAGUGACUGCAGAACCAGCACCUAAAUUUGAGUGGCUGAAGGCAAAUGAAACACUCACAUCACAGCAAAACGUCACCAUCUUUGAGGAAGAAUUUCAUACAAUAUUGCAGCUGCAAGUCAACAGUGAGAAUGACUUCGGAGACUAUGUAUGCAAAGCAUCAAACAGGCUAGGUAAGGUGGAACGGGUGAUUACACUUCUUAAAUCCUCAAAGCCUGCAGUACCAGAGACGUCCAUCCGAGAAGCAAGACAUGACUCCGUCAAGAUUGACAUUGAAGGUCCUGAGAAUGAGGAACUGGGAAUCCUUGGGUAUCGUGUCCAGUACAUCAGGAGGCAGGAACUAAAGAAAGGAUGGAAUUCUGCAAAGGUGGUGGAAUUUGAUAAGGGUGAAUCACCAUACAGCAUCUCAGGCCUCAGACAAAACACACAUUACAUCAUGCGUGUUGCUAGUCGGAAUGCCGCAGGAUUUAGCGACUACACAAAAGAAAGCUCAUUCACUACAGAUAAGAUACAUGCUGACCCUGUCACUGGUUCUGCUAGCACUGCGACUUAUGUCUCCUCAGGAGCAACUCAGAUCAUAGGAGUCAUUGUUCUCCAUCACAUUGUUGCUGUUACUGUAGAACUGAAGCACAAUUUGUGAAGUAUGAUAAGCUUGACUGGCACACUUAAACUUCACUUCACACAAGAAAGUAAGAACAGAUUUGUGUGAAAGCAACAACUACUCAAGGUAGAGCAAGAGUGUUCCCAGUUUCCUGGAUUGACUUCAGAUCAGUUGGUAUUACCUGUUAUUGUGACUGGUUAAUGCUGUGUCUGUAUGAAGUGAUGUCCCAGCAGCAACAACUAACCACAUAUAACCUGUAGCACCACGCAAGAAGUGGAAGUGGUAGCCUUGUUUCCUGAGAGUCUAUACUAGGAGUUUGUGUACCGUAUAUGGUUGAACUCUCAAUUUUCUGCUGUGUUGAAGUAAAGAAAUGUGCGAAAAUGUUAUUUUAUUUUAAUGGAAAACAAAAA